AUGCCCUUCCCCAACAGCUCUGACCUCAGCCCAUCCUCCUUCAUCUUGGCCAGCAUCCCAGGGCUGGAGGCUGCCCAUUUCUGGGUGGCGAUCCCUCUGUGCUCCGUGUACAUCAUGGCUGUAGCAGGCAACUGUGCAGUGCUGUUCAUCGUGAAGAUGGAGCCCAGCCUGCAUGUUCCCAUGUAUUUCUUCCUCUGCAUGCUGGCUGCCAUCGACCUGGCCUUGUCCACAUCCACAGUGCCACGUGUCCUUGCCUUCUACUGGUUCAACACCAGGGAGAUCAGCUUCAGUGCCUGCCUCAUCCAGAUGUUCUUCAUACACACCCUCUCGGCCAUUGAGUCCACCAUCCUCCUGGCCAUGGCUGUGGACCGGUAUGUGGCAAUCUGCCACCCACUGAGACAUGCUGCCAUCCUCACCAAUGCCACAACAGUGAAAAUAGGGCUGGCAGCCAUGGCCAGAGGAGUCCUCUUCUUCUUGCCCUUGCCUUUGCUCCUCCUGCCCCUUCCCUUCUGCAGCUCGCGGGUGCUGUCACACUCCUUCUGCCUGCACCAGGAUGUGAUGAACCUGGCCUGCGCCAACACUACCCCCAAUGUGGUGUAUGGCCUCACCGCCAUCCUGCUGGUUAUGGGAUUGGAUGCCCUCCUCAUCUGCCUCUCCUACCUCCUGAUCCUCAAGUCUGUCUUGCGGUUGGCUUCAUGGAGGGAGAGGCUCAAGGUGUUCAGCACCUGCAUUGCCCAUAUCUGUGUGGUCCUGGCCUUCUACGUGCCACUGAUCGGGCUGUCCGUGGUGCACAGGUUUGGGAAGGACCUGGCUCCACUUGUCCAUAUCAUCAUGGGGAACAUGUACAUCCUGGUGCCUGCCAUGCUCAACCCCAUCAUCUAUGGGGUGAGGACCAAACAGAUACAAAGGAGGAUCCUGAAUUUAAUUCACAUCUACAACAAUAGAACUGCCUAG